AUGGUAAUCAAGCUGUGUUUUGUGGAUGCAGGUCCUUUUCGAGUUGAGAGCGAAUAUGGCCUCGACAAGGAUGGGGAAGAUAUCCGAGUGGAGGGGCACACUGCUUCCCGUCAAGGCAACACUGUAGUGGAACUCACAGUAGACACACAGGACGAUGAGGGUAGCACAGACACUGGCCAAGACACCUUCGCAUCACCUAGACAGAAGACAGGUCAUAUCCAGUUCGUCAUCGGGUGUAUUUUACUUGCUACCAUCCCCCUGAUUAUAAGGGCCAUGCACAUUAACUCCUGUCCGGGUGACGCCAGACUGGGACAUUACAUGAUCCGACCGAGGCCGGUUGAUCUCACAACGCAUGUGGACCCUGGGGUCGAGGGCUACAGGACUCGGCAGGGGGAACAGAUGGCAUCUUGGUACGCCAGUUUCGAGGCCAACCCGUAUAUAGCGGUGGACGGCCAUCGAGGAAAUGGUGGCCCAUGA